AUGGAUGACAGGGGCGUAUCAAUAGCGAAAGCUAGAUCAUUCUCUCCAGAAUAUAAGUCGGUCGUUAUUCCGGCAACCCUAAUACCGUAUGAGCCAAAGAAAAGAGCGAAGUUGAAUAAUGAUGAGAAUUUACCAGAACAAGAAUGGGUAUUGAAGACUCAGCCGAUGGUCCAGCAUCAGAUGUUUGAUCCUGAAGUAGCAGAUUUACUGGACACUGAUAUUUUAACGUCACCAUCAAAAAGAAAGCGAAAAUUAAAGAUAGAAGAUAUCAAUUCAAUUGAUAAAGGUAAGUUGGAAGAUUCAAUUGUGGUGGAGAAUGUUUAUAGAAUUUUCGGUAUCACUUUCUUCCCACUCGUGGAUCCAAUUGACUUGAAAAUUAAAGAUGAUAGUGACGAGAUUUUUGUCGAUAGGGAAAUGCUGGGGAUACGACUAGAAGUCUUCAGUGAACGGACGUCUAAAUUCGAAAAACCUCACUAUAUACUUUUGAAAAAGAGGAUCAAAUCUAAUAGUUGGUUUCUUUUUAAACAUACUGUUCCCAGUUUUAUAGAUGUUCAAGGCAUAUUUGAUGACACUAAUGGAGGUCUGGUGGUAUCAUAUGAUGAUGCGUAUUUAUUUGCCAAAAGAGUCUUCCUGCAACUAGUAGAAAUACAAAAAAGGCAGCAAAUAUUCAAGGAUUUAGAAGCCAAGAAGAUAAUUCAUGAUUUAAAUUUAGAUCUAGAGUCUUCAAUGGCUUCUUUUUUUGUCAAAGAUGUUAAAGUGGAGUUAUUUGUAAAACAAAAUGAAAUAGUUUCGUGCUCAAUAUUGGACGAUAUUCAUGAUUUUAGCCAUAAUAAUAAGAAUAAAUGGGAAAUUGCAUUGCUCGGAUCGUUAGAUGAUUUGGAGUUAAAGUUAAACCAUUCAUUUGCGACAAUAUUCAAAUAA